ACACAUAUUUACAUUACAUUACAUUAUUCUAUAUUACCUAUUUGUAUUUAUUUAUAUAGUAUCCUUACAAUAAUACCACAGAAAAAAUUCUGUGAUAAUACCAUAUUACCAUGGCUUUUGGCUUAUCAAAGGAUUUAGAGAUUUAGACCAGUAAUUAGUAAAUACAAAAGGAAAUAAUUUUGAAAAAAUGUUCAUACUUUGUUACCUUAAAUAAUAUUUAUUAGUUCUAUUAUUUUUUUACCGUUAAUUGUGAACUGUAAAGUUAAUCAAAAUCAAGUUAUUUUUUAUUUUAUUGUGUGAUAUUCUUCUUGAAAUUAACACUACGCUUGCUUUUUCAGGUCCUUUGGGGAGCCUUUUCUGCUGCGUUUAUCAUUAACGUGUCACAAUGAAAUUCAAAUUCUGUGGGGGUGGUGACUGCCCAGAAUGGUUAUUGGUUCAGAUCAAUGCACUUUCAAGAAUGACAUCAAUUAAAAUGAAACUGUUAGCCCAGUGCACGGUUAAUUCAUUGCUCGGAGAACCAUUCAACUUUGAAAAAGCUAAGGAGCUUAUGGCUGAUGCUAAACUGGAUGUUGAAAACUGUAAAGCUUGUGUAGCCGCAAUCACAUAUAUUCUAAAAAAUGCUGCUUGUCACGCUGUUUCUCAAAAUUACCUCUCUAAUGAAUUACAACAAAUUGGUUUACCUCGUGAACAUGCUUCAGCGCUAUGCAGAGUAUAUUUGGACAACUUAUCACAAAUUACUAAAGUGUUGAAGAACGAAUCUUUGCAAAUUGGUCGUUUGAAUGAUAUUGAUAUAUCCAAAGGAAAUAAUGGUGAAUUUGUGAUGAAAUUGAAUUAUAAUAAUACAUCGAAAAUUUCAAAAGAAGAUAAAUUCACGUUAACAAAGGAACAAAUUCAACUUUUAAUUGCGGAGUUCAGUAACGUUAGCAAUCAAAUGAAUACAUUAGCUCAAGAAUGCAAAGAAUAAAUAUUUUCAAAUAAUUUAUCUAAUAGAAGAUGUCAAAGUAAACACAAAAAUAGUCAUCACUCAUUAUCUAGAACUCAGAAGAAAAGACGCUAAAGAUGAAGAUUUAAAUUUUAUAACAUUAAUCAUUAAACAAUAAGUCAUUACUAUAUUACCAAAUCAUUUCUUUAAGUUAUGGCUAUAAUCAGGGCUGCAUUCAGAGCAAAGCAAGAGGGUAAGGGCUAGGAGCGCAAAUUUCAAUAAUAAUUAAAAAUUAAAAAAAUUAUUGUAAUAAUUUUUUCACAUAAUAUUUGAAAAAUAUACAUUUAAUUUAACAAGUUACUACAGUAGAGUCUUGCUCUAUUUUUAUUGUAUGAGAAUUAUUUAUGUUGAGGCUCUUGGAGCACAAAAUUAGAAAUAUUGACAAUUCAUUAUGCAUGGUAUGCAAUAUACUUAUAAAAUAGGUAGAUUAACUGUAUGUAUACAAAAUGUACGUGGCUUGUCAAAUGCAUAUAUUCCCAUUUUUUUGUGUUAAGGGGAUGCAGUGGUUUAGGGGCACCCCCAAACCUCAAUACAGUCCUGGUUAUAGUUAUUGUCAUAGCUAUUGAAAGAAAUUUAUCAAAUUGUCUAAAUAAAGAAAACAUUUUAAAUACAUUUUCUAAUACCUAUUGAACAGAGGCUUAAACUAUAGUUACUAGUGUAUUUAUUAUAAUGUU